CUACAGCAAUUGCUUUGUUGGCGAAACUCCAAACCUCACUUUAUGCCCCGCCACAGCAAGAGAAACAUCCGCUGGCCACUCACAGUCCGCGAUGUCAGACAUGGUCCCAGUCAAAGUGUGGUAAUGGUUGGUCUAAAAAAGGUAUGGGAAUAACUACUAUUUUUGCCUUCAGCCAAGGAACAGUUUUUUUGUGGCGGUCAGUGUUUUCUCUGCUACCGUUAGUACUACUAGUGCAAGUAUAGAGGACAGCUUCACGCCCCGCUGUCCCCGAUCAGCUAACGCCCCUCUUUGUUUCUUCCUUUUCCCUUCCUUAAUUUAUCCUCCCUUCUUCUUCUUCUUCUUCUUCUUCUUCUUCUUCCUUUCAUUUCCUUUCCUUUCCAUCUAUCCUCCUCUCUUUUUUCCCCAGUAUUCUCACCUCCUUAUCAUCAUAAUGGCUGCCGCUAUCAAAGAGACUGUCUCCAACCUCGUGGGCAAGCUCCAACCCCACGCCGAACCCGCCCUUCCUGAACCCUCGGCCGAGGACUUCCAGAAGCUCCAGCAGAAAUAUACCGAAGCCGGACAAGGCCAAGUGUUCGCUUUCGUCGAUGAACUCCAGCCUACUGAAAAGACCCAGCUCUACCACCAACUGACCAACUUCGAUCCCACCCGUGUCAAUGAAUUAGCUGAAAAGGCCCUAAGCCCUGCCGCUGCCCCCGAGGGCCCUCCUACCCUCGAGCCUCUCCCCGACGUGGCUCUGGCCUCGAUCCUCGACUCGGACCCCAAGGAUAUCCAACAAUGGUACGAUGCAGGUCUCAAGGCGGUUUCGGAGAACAAAGUUGCGGUGGUUCUGAUGGCCGGUGGUCAGGGUACUCGUCUGGGUAGCUCUGACCCCAAGGGUUGCUUUGACAUUGGUCUUCCUAGCCACAAGUCGCUUUUCCAGAUCCAGGGUGAGCGGAUUGCUAAACUGCAGCUGCUGGCUCAAAAGGUCUCGGGCAAGGAGGCGGUUAUUCCUUGGUAUGUGAUGACCAGUGGACCGACUCGCAAGCCUACGGAAGACUUCUUCCAGAAAAACAACUACUUUGGAUUGUCCAAGGACAACGUGAUUAUCUUCGAGCAGGGUGUUUUGCCUUGUAUCUCCAAUGAGGGUAAGAUUCUGUUGGAGUCUAAGUCGAAGGCUGCCGUCGCACCAGAUGGAAAUGGCGGUAUCUACCAGGCCCUCGUCACCUCGGGAGUGCGGGAGAACAUGCGUAACCGUGGCAUCCAGCACAUCCACACAUACUGUGUUGACAACUGCUUGGUCAAGGUUGCAGACCCUGUCUUCAUUGGUUUCGCUGCCGCGAAGGACGUCGACAUUGCCACUAAGGUGGUGCGGAAGCGCAAUGCCACUGAGUCUGUUGGUUUGAUUCUGCAGAAGAACGGCAAGCCGGAUGUCGUUGAGUACUCUGAGAUUGACCAAGAGACUGCUGAGGCCAAGGACCCCAAGCAGCCUGAUGUGCUGAAGUUCCGCGCUGCCAACAUCGUCAACCACUACUACUCCUUCCGUUUCCUGGAGUCUAUCGAGACCUGGUCUCACAAGCUGCCUCACCACGUUGCCCGCAAGAAGAUUCCUUGCAUCAAGCCUGAGAAUGGCGAGGCCUUCAAGCCUGAGAAGCCCAACGGUAUCAAGUUGGAGCAGUUCGUCUUUGACGUCUUCCCCCUGACCCCCCUUGACAAGUUCGCUUCCAUUGAGGUCCGCCGUGAGGACGAGUUCUCGCCUCUGAAGAACGCCAAGGGCACUGGUGAGGACGACCCGGACACCAGCAAGCGGGACAUCAUGGAGCAGGGUAAGCGAUGGAUUGAGAAGGCCGGUGGUGUCAUUGUCACUGAGGGCCAGUCCGUUGGUGUUGAGGUUUCUCCCUUGAUCAGCUACGGUGGUGAAGGACUCGAGUUCCUCAAAGGCCGGGAGAUCAAGGCUCCGGCUGCUGUCGAGAAGGAGGAGUAAGAGUAUUAACAUAAGCCUUUUGUCGGCACGCAUUAGGUAUAUAAUUUUAAUGCAUUAGCGCGUUCAUGAAAAAGAUACUGUCUACGGAGGAAGUGGUAUUGUUGUUGUUGUUGUUGUUGUUGCGAAUAGGAAGCAUAAAUAUUAUACCCGUGUUAUUAAUCUUAAUGACCUGAUCAGCUCUUUAUCGUAU